GCAAUUUAAACAUAUCCCAAAAUAUAUCAAUCCAUUUUUAAGUUUCAAGAAAAAGGACACAACUUUGUUGUUGUAAUUUGGACUAAAGUGUUUAUAUUUUGAAGAUCAAAUUAGUGAGAUGGAGCAAAUAAAGAACAAUCCAAUGUUUGAAGCACAAAAGAAAAGAUCAUUUCAUGAUGAGUACGAUGUUGUCGGUUCUUUCUUCUCUUCCUCAUCUUCUUCUGAUUCUGAACUUUCAAAUGGUUCAUCAUUAGAAUCUGAUUCAUUUGAAGAAGUAACAUCCCCAACUUCAUCUUCUUCGUCGUCAUCAACUGAUCAACUUGUAGCUGAUCCAUUGAAUGACAUGUCAUCUCUGUUUCAACAACUUCCCAUGAAGAGGGGGCUAUCAAAGUUCUAUCAAGGAAAGUCACAAUCUUUCACUUCAUUAACAAAUGUGAAGAGUUUGGAGGAUCUUGUGAAGCCAGAGAGUCCUUAUAACAAGAAGUUGAAGUCAUGUAAAAGCUAUGGAGAAGGAUUUUGUGAGAGGCAAGAUUUUUCAAAGUGCAAUUUUAAAUCAACUAGUGCUAUGUCAAGGCUUGUUUCUAAGAGGGGUUCAUGUUCUUCUUUGAGUAGAAGAAGGGGCAGUGGUAGUAACUUUAUGAGUAGUAGGCCACCAAUUCCUCCUCAUAGAUCAUCAUCUAGCAGCACCAACAAUAUGUCUAAUCAAACUGCUUUGUUUGCUUGAAAGUGAUCAUGUGAUGUUUUUUGUUUAAUUUUAUUUUUUGUUUUUGGAGUUGUGAUUUGCGGACAUGUGUAGAAGAUUAAUCACUAACUAGGUUCAAUUAAUGAACACUGUUGGAAAGGGGAAAAUGAAAUGAAAAGAAGAGUUUUUCAUUUUUUAAAUUGGAAUAGACAUAAGCAACAUUGAUUUGCAAUUUUUUUAAGAAA